UGCCAUAAAUAACCUCUCCGCCCAUCUUUUAUCCAAACAUGAGCACGAGUAGCCAUGGAAUGAGCACCCUCCAGCAGGAAUACCUCAUGGAGCUCCAAAAGACGUUGUACACAAUCAACCAGAUCAACCAAAACUUGGUCGAAACCAUCAACUGUAUAGACCCCGCCAAAGGAACCAAAUACCACACGAAACUAACCCAAAACAUUGCAGCGCUCCAGAAGCUCUUGCAAGACGUAUAAUGUCCUUUUCUGUGUGAAUAUUUUAGACAAUAAUAUUAAGCACAUUUGACCAUAACACGCCGAUAUACCUUUUACUGCAAUUAUACCCCGAUGUCCAAAGAAUCUGGGCUUAUAUCCAAAUACCAGAGCCAGGUCGUAGCAGAAAGUCAUUCUGGUGCCGAUGUAUACAAGCAGAACCAACAGGAAGACGUGAGCGACCAGGAGUUCGAUGAGGACGAGCUUCUCGAGUUGCUAGACGACGACGACGAUGCGUACAUGCAAAAGUACCGAGAGGAGCGGAUCAGCCAGUUGUCUACUGAGUUUUCAAAGGUGAAAGCAACGGCCAGUCUCAAGCUGGAGGUGGGGACGGUCGUCGAGCUCGACACGGAGAAGCGGUUGAUGGAGUUGAUCUCGGCCCAUGGUAACAACAAGCAGCAGAAUAAUGUCGUGUGCUUCUACUUGCCGGACUUUACCAAGUGCGGGGUGAUGCUUACAAAGCUCGACGGGCUUGCGGCCCGGUACUUGUCGCUCAACUUCUAUAAGAUCAACGUUCUCCACGCGCCGUUUUUGGUGACAAAGUUGGGCAUCAAGGUCCUACCAGUGGUGCUCUUCUACAACGACCGGGGUCUUGAGGUGAACCGUAUCGUGGGGUUUGAUCUGUUGCUUUUGCCGAACCAGCGUGAGCACGAUAACUUCAGCGUGAGCGAGCUUGAGCACCAGUUGUUGAGCCACCGCAUGAUUAACUAUCGCAUCGACGACCACGGCCUGGAGAUCAAGCCUACCGGGGUGCAAACUACCGGCAAGACCAUCCGUAAUAGACUUGAUGAUGAGGAUGAGAGCGACCUCGAUCUCUAACGGAUCUGCCCCUUGUCAGUUUUAUCUGAGCGGACACAGGGUUGUAUUUGAACUGUUUCAAGAGUUGAUACUUUAUUUUCCCGACCAGGAUUUGGUAUUAAAGGCUUUAUCGUCACUCGCAUGCACUCAGUGAUCCGGGCUACCUCAGGUUUGAGUCAAACUGCCUGUGGGAAAUAGCGUAGGGCUCAUCUCUGUUUCUGGGAGGCUUCGACAAUAGCUCCCCAGAUACCACUAAAUUGUAUCUAAAUCACCAGUGCAUUGUUAUAUAGAAUGGAUGAAC